UUGCCUCGCCACCGCGAUCUGGCCCCGCCCCCGACCCGCCGUGGCCACGCCCACUUUGGCGCGUUCCCUUCCAGGACCGCGCGCCCUGAGUGCUCAGUGGGCACCGCGGCGGGACGCGGGCGCGAGCUGCGGGAGGGAGCCGAGUUGGAGCGCAGCCGGAGCCGGAGCCGGAGCCGGAGCUGAAGCUGAGCGCCCACAGGGGCCGCUCUCCCUCGCGCCGUCGCCGUCAGCCGGGAGCCCACGAGGCCGCCGCGUCCUGCGGGGAACAAUGGGGCUGGGCUCUCGGGGCGUCUGGGCCAUGGUGGCCCUGGGGGUGCUGCUGGUGAUGGCGCUGCUGAAGGUCGCGGUGGACCAGGAUGCCUCGGGAUCAUCAGCCACCAGGAAUACUGUACUUCUAGAAGAUCAUUCCAAUGGCAACCUAACUGUGAGUACCCCACAUACCAACAGCACUGUGAAACCAACUCCGGUUUCUUCAGGCCCCCAAAACAGGACAGGCACCACCAUGAAACCGAUGACAAAACCAUCGACGAGCCCAGUUACCUCAGUCUCAACGAAUAAGACGAGCACCACCACUGUGAAGCCUGUAACAUCGAAAAUGACAACACCAGGGGUCUCAACAAAUAAGACUACAACCACCAGCAAGUCUACACCCAAGACAAGUGCUUCACCAACCGCAGCCCCGAUGAAUACAACCCACAACAGCACAGUGACAUCUGCUUCACCAGUGACAACCACACCGACCGUUAACUCUAAAGAAAAUACUGGAUUAAAGUUUGAUACUGGCAGCUUUGUUGGUGGUAUUGUAUUAACACUGGGGAUACUAUCUAUGCUUUACGUUGGAUGCAAAGUGUAUUAUUCAAGAAGAGGCAUUCAAUAUAGAACCAUAGAUGAACACGAUGCCAUCAUUUAAGGAAAUUGAAGAAUCAAGGACAGAUGGAAUCCUAUCAGCUUUGGUUUAUGAGAUUAAAAUGGUCUCUUGGCAGUAGUAUGAGCAGGACAUACACAUCAAGAAUUAUGUAGUUUGGGUUUUUAAUGCACAUACUCACCAAAUUGAGGGCCUGUGCCUGGGAGAUGGCAACAGGCAAAGGGCAGGAUGCCAGGACUGCGGUGCUGUGGCAGCCCAUCCAGGCAAGUGCUAGCCCUAAUGCCAUGGCAUUUUAAAGCUUACAACACCAAUCCUGGAGCAGUGCCUGUCCUUAUACUAACAGCUUAUUUUGAGCAAUUGAUGCCAAGCUCUUUUUGUAUAUGUGAUUCUCUUAAAUUACAAAGCUUAACAUGCUUUAAAGGCUUAAUCAGACUAUUUGCUACUGUGAGAAUAUUUUCACCACUGGAAAUGGCUAUGUUCAGUAUUUUUAAGAGAAAGCUUUUUUGGGACUCAGAUUUUUAUAUUAAUAUGUAUAUAUUUUGCAAUGUAACUCAAAAAGUUUUUUAAAAUGGCUAUUAGAGACAGAAGACUUAAUGGCUAUUUUUCAGAUAUUUCUCCACCAAAGAGGCAUUUUAAAUCUAUAAGGGCCAGGUGGUGGCAUGCACCCCCCCUCAACUUCUCUAAGAUUUUGUAAUGUCAGUUUAUUCUCAACUCAGGGUCCAAUAUUAAAAACAUCCUGGCCUGAGGAGGUAUUGGGAUGUUCAAGAUCAGCUAUAGAGAAGUUGUAUGCUAUUAAUGUUGUUUUAAAUGGUCACUUACUGCUUUCAUUUCUUUGCAAAACAUACUGUAGACGUCUAAAGGAAAUACUUUUAAAGGUGGUUGUCUUACCCACUCUUGAGGCUGUGACAUUUUCUGUCAAUUUAAACUGAACAGUUAUACUUGAUCUAAUUGUCUUAGAAAUACAAAUGGAAGUUUGUGGCUUUAUUCUAUUUUUCAGAAAUACUCCUGUUUAUAUAGUCUAUUUUUAGAAUAAAGCUUUCUUUACGAGA